UCGUGCUGUUUUGCAAGUAUGGAGCUUCCCGGCGAGCGCGUGUCCGGCCCCACAGCUUCGCCGUCUUCUGGGCGCCGCUCGCAGGUCACGGUGUCCACGGAGCUGCUGACCGCAGGGAGCGAGGGUUCAGGAGGUAUCUGGAACCAGUUGCUUAUCAGCUCUAAGCCACAUUCCAGGAAGACCUCUACUCUCCAAACAGUUCGGGUGCAGAGGAGCCCUUUGUUAGACCAAGUUCAGGCCUUUCUCCCACAAAUGGCCCAGGCAAAUGAAAAACUGCAAAAGGAAAUGGCAGUUGCUGCAGCUGAUCACUUCAAUAUUGAAAAUAUUGAUGGGACAUCCGGAAAUAUCAUACAGAUGGAUGUGGCCUUAUUUGAGAUGAAUCAGUCAGAUUCCAAAGAAGAGGGGAGCUCAGAAGAGAGCUCACAGGACGGCUCUGAGAACAGCUCAGAGUCCGACGAUGAGGACUGCAUCCCCUCCGAAGUCACCAUAGACAACUUGAAGCUUCCACAUGCAGAAGAUGGCAGAGGCAAGAUUGAAGUUUUAGACAGUCCUGCAAGUAAGAAGAAGUGAGGGGGAUCAGCGCAGAGACGCGGGCGCCCUCCUC